AUGCUGAACGCCAGCGCCGAGAACCCUCCAGACUGUUUGUUGUGGAGUGAGGCUCUCGCUGCCAAGUUCGAUGGCGUGGGGGAGUUCGGGAAGGAUAAGUGGGACGCGCUGCUCGGGCAUUGCCAAGCGGUGUGCGACUGGCCCGCAGCGUCCUUCGCGGAGGAGCUGAUCGAUGCAUACCCGGAUGCCAAGGUUCUCCUCACCACCAGGGAUGUGGACAAGUGGUACAACUCGGCCAUCGACACUGUCAACUGGAGAGCAAAUGACACCUUUCUGUGGGCCCUCUCCUUCGUUGACUGGGCUUCGUCCAUGUACUACCCCAUGCUCAACAAGUACUGGACCACCAUAUUCAAAGGUGACUUCGAGAAGAACGGAAAAGAAGUGUUCUUGGCUCACAACGAGCACAUACGAAAGCUCGUGCCAGCCGAUAAUCUUCUUGAGUUCAGGAUGAGCGACGGUUGGGAACCGCUUUGCAAGUUUCUGGGGUGCCCCGUUCCGAACACCCCGUUUCCUUAUGUCAACGAAGUCAAAGAGUCUGAUCAACUCAAACUGAGCCCUGAGAUCUGGCUCGACAUCAUCGAGUAUGCCAGCAGGGUGCGCAAGAGCGAACUCGACGAGUCCAAAGGCCAGUCUUCCGGGAGCUCGAAGGCCCGCGGAAAGUCUCAUGGCCAGUCCCUAGGCACUACAAACAAAGGCACACGGGAUUUAAACGUACUCAAAGCCUUACGCCUUACGAGCAAGACGUUGUGCGACCUCAGCUCACCGCUGCUAUUCAAUACUGUCUCCGUCGGUCUCAGUACUGAGUCUCUUGCGCGUCUGGAGACUAUGUCCCGCAACCCCAGCAUUGCGACAUCGGUACGUUGCGUUCGCGUAAAUCUCGCUUUCUACGCCGAAGACCUUGCCCAAUCGUGGGAAGCAUUCAGGGCAUAUCGAGCAGAGAUGCUCGGCGCAAUAGAAGAAAGGUUUCGUAUUCUUCUCGACGAACUGAGAGACGACGUUGCCUGCUCCAGUCAGUUAAAAAACCAUGUCAGAAGGCUGGGGGCUUCGGCGGCAGCUCACAAAAUCUACGAUUUCUCUGCGAGCCAAGUUAGAAAGGCACGAUGGAAGCAAAUGCUGGCUGCUCUGCACAAGUUGGAAAGGUCUGAGACUGAGAAUGUUCUGAAACCAGCGUGCGACUUCGCUCGAAAAGUCGCACAAUGCGUGGCUAAAAUGCCUAAAGUGGCCAGUCUCGAAAUCUCUGAUCUGGACAUUGAUCUGGACUGGGAUCACCAUGAAGAUAAGGCGAAUAGCCUGAGUCAGCAUGCAACUGCACCCAUGCGCUGGGAGAAGUACGACAUGACCAAAAACUGCAAGGCCGACGAGGUCCCCAUCGCGAUUCUGCUCGAGCUUCCCUUAGAGCUUGCCAAGUCUGGCCUUGCUCUGACGAAGCUGUCUAUUUCUGUGUCAGCUUCCCAACACCAGGAUUGGGACAAGUUGAACCUCAGCAGCGAAAUGACGACGGAGCUUGCGAAUCUUGCGGGAGAUUUGAAGCAACUGGAAAUCAUGUGGUGGUCUCCUAAUCCCGACAUCGAAUGUCUCGGACACCCGAGUGAUGUCGCGACAUACAACAAGCAGACAAAGGUUGUGGGUACUUUCAUAAGUCAAAUCCUGUCUUUGUCACCAAGUCUCGAGAAACUUCGCCUGUGUGCGACGGCGUUCGACUUCUCUGGGUGGCGGCACUGGGAGGAUAGGGACGAAGACUACGUCGUACACAAACCUUCUCCGCUUGCUUCAUGCAUCGGCAUUCCGCUUCUGACGCAACUGAAGCGAUUGGAGUUGGACCACUUCAACACAAAUGUCGAGCCCCUGGCAAACUUGAUUGGCAGCCGUCCGUUUCCAAUUACGGUGCGGCUCGACAAUAUCACGAUACUCAAGCCUGACAACUUACACGCGGCGUUGAACAUGCUCCGCUCGAAGGCAGAUCCGAAUCAGCAGCAGCUUGGCAAUAGCCCAACGUCUCCCGUUUAUGUGGAGAGCCUUUUUGCAGUGCGGGAUCUCGAAUAUUUGUUCCGCAGAAAGGAGCGAGACCUGAAUACAGGCAAUUCGCGAUGGAUUGAAGAUUACGAGAAGUCGCCAGCUAGCCCGGCAAUUAAGUACGUUCGCUGGCAACUGGAUCGAAACCCGGUGAGGAACAGCCGAUCAAUGUCUUACACAGGUUACAGGAUGUUUAGCGAUGUUCACGAUCUUGUUCUUGACAUGUACUAG